CAGUGUGACCGGUAUGGUGUCGGUAACGGGAAGGACAUUAAAGUGUCACAGCUUGGUUAGAAUAACCUGUUAUUAUUGAAGAAAUUCUACACAGUAUUGGUAGAGAGUUGACACACGUUUGCGAAAAACAUGAACAUUAAAUAUAUGUUGAGUCUUGUACCGGGAAAGCGGCGCUUUGGAGUUUACCGCUUCUUACCUUUCUUCUUCUGUGUCGGUGGAGUGAUGGAGUGGGUCAUGAUCAAUGUCAGGAUAGGAAAAGAGACCUUCUAUGAUGUCUACAGAAGAAAACAGUCCGAGAGAGAGUACCAACAGAGAAUUGAGGAUGGAUUAGUGGUACUUCCUGAGUCAGAACCAAAAUAAACACUAAAACUGUCACACACUUCUGGAAGAACUUAUUCAAGCAGUAUGAAACUAGGUGGGCAGCAGUAUGAAACAAGAUGAGGGUCUUUACCCUGGUGGAAUUGUUUUCUUUUGCCAAAUGUGUAACCUAAAAUGUACCUGUUUGAAGGGUAACAGAUCAGGACAGACCAUAGAAAUAGUUGUUCAAGAAUUUAUUUGAAAUCAAAAUAUUUGAACAUUACAGCACAUUUGUUAAAAGCCUUUUACCAAGCUGGUGACAUUGAUGCAGAAAGUGCUGCUUCUUUUGUUGUGUAUUAUUUUGACUUGACAGGUCUUUUCUAGCACUUAUUUACUCUUGUAACAUGUUAAAUAAAUGGCAGCG